AUGGAAGAUCAUGCAAAUGAAGUGGCUGAUACUUCUUUGCCCCUUAAUAUGGAAGCUUCUAUGCUUUUUCCACCGAAAGGCAUGGAGAUUGACAUGAAUGAUAUGAUAGGAGAGAAGAAUAUUACAACCAAGAGAUUCAUGUUUAGUGAGGAUAGCUUGUGUACACUAAAAGAAGAAAUUUCAAGGGGAUUCAGCUUUAUGCCCACUAGGGUUCAAGGUGUGACAACUUUGAUAUGGAAACCUGCCUUUGAAGAAUUAAAUUCAGGUAAUCUCUUUGUGCCUGCAUUUUCUCCAUUCCUUGAAGUUGAUAAAGAAAACAAUGUAGAGCUACAAGAUUUGGCAGAAGUAGUGAAAAAAGCCAUUAAAAUGGUUGAUGGAGAUCAUGCGAGCAAGCUUCAAGGAUAUGGUGAAGAACUUAUUGAAAUUCUUGAAUCAAAUUUACGAAAGUUUUGGAGCUUCUACCAGAAAUGUAAUGAUUUUGAUGCCAGCAAGAUCAGAGAUGGAAUAGAGGCUUGGGUCACCUUGAAGGAACAUCAUAUGAUCCGAUUUCAAAACAACUGCCAGCUUCUUCAGUUUGCUUCUUUUGAUCCUUAA